AUGCCGAAGGAGAAAUACCUCCCUUGGACUGAGUCCGAGGAAGAUAACCUUGAACCAUGGUUAUCUGAAUACGACUGGAUGUCAUGGAAAGAAAUGGCCAAAGAAUACUCCAAGCAACACGAUAAAGACAGAUCAUUCGAGUCGCUGCGAGGCAAACGCAAUCAACUUCGUAAAGGGAUUAGAAGACGGCGGCCGAUCUCAGACAGAACGACUUCACGAGCCCGUACCAGAGCCCGUAGGACUCCAUACCGAAUGCAGAAGCUUCCACAGGGCUUUCCUCCUCGCCCUCCUACAUUCCGACUAAGAUCUCCAGAUCCAUGGGCUCGUCAGCUACUGCGGCAGGUGCAUCAAUAUGGAAAUCCACGCCACAAGGCUUCCGCACCGGCCUCGCACAAUGAAGAAGAUUCCCAGCCAGCAGUUUCACCAAACAAUGCCACGCCGGUUUACAUAAGCCCCAAGCCCGUAUUCCGACGAUGUGAACAGCCGAGGUUUAUUUCACAACUUUGGAAGAUGAUCCAUCGCAUGCGCAUUUCUCACAGGGACGAGGAACCAUGA